CUCCCGCCCUCCAGCUCCCCGGCCAGCUCCUCCUCCUCCCGCUCUUGAUCGCUCCGGCUCCGGCGCCGGCUUCGGCACCUCCCGGCCGCCCGGGGCCGAGGCGACGUGAGGUUGUAAAAAUCCAUGUGGGACGGCCCCGGGGCGAGCAUCGCAAAGGUAUGGGGCUCCAGCUGUGAGAGGCAGACAAGCGGGAAGAAACUCUUCGAAAAUGGUAUAGCAGCAAAUCUCUGAUUGGAGUCAUUUUCUGGUAUAGACCGUGAAAAGAACGCAGUGAAAGUCCUGGUCAACAGUGGAAAUACUGACUUAAACCCCAACUUGGUGUAGCAUUUCUUCUCUUCAGUAGCGCCUCAUAAUAGAAGAAAAAUGUAUGGAAGUGCAAGAACAAUCACCAAUCUGGAAGGCAGCCCUUCCAGAUCACCUCGUCUGCCAAGGUCUCCUCGUUUGGGCCACAGAAGAACCAGUAGUGGGGGAGGGGGAGGAACAGGCAAGACCCUGUCUAUGGAGAAUAUCCAGUCCCUUAAUGCAGCCUAUGCUACGUCUGGACCCAUGUACCUGAGUGAUCAUGAGGGGGUGGCUUCCACAACAUACCCAAAGGGCACCAUGACUCUAGGCAGGGCCACUAAUCGAGCUGUAUAUGGAGGCCGAGUCACAGCUAUGGGGAGUAGUCCCAAUAUUGCUUCCGCAGGACUUUCCCACACAGAUGUUCUUUCAUACACCGAUCAACAUGGUGGCCUGAGUGGCUCAUCCCAUCACCACCACCACCAGGUCCCCUCCAUGUUGAGGCAGGUAAGAGAUAGCACAAUGUUAGACCUUCAAGCCCAGCUCAAGGAGCUCCAGAGAGAGAACGAUCUCCUUCGGAAAGAGCUGGACAUCAAGGACAGCAAGCUGGGAUCUUCCAUGAACAGCAUCAAGACCUUCUGGAGUCCUGAGCUUAAGAAGGAAAGAGUCCUGAGGAAAGAAGAGGCAGCCCGGAUGUCUGUCCUUAAGGAGCAGAUGAGGGUUUCCCAUGAAGAAAAUCAGUUACUGGAUGCCAGAAGAACCAAGCACCUGCAGUUGACAAUCCAGGCCCUUCAGGAUGAGCUGCGAACCCAGAGAGACCUCAACCACCUCCUGCAGCAGGAGAGUGGCAACCGUGGAGCGGAGCACUUCACCAUUGAGCUGACGGAGGAGAACUUCAGGAGGCUCCAGGCUGAGCAUGACAGACAGGCCAAGGAGCUCUUCCUGUUGAGGAAGACCCUGGAGGAAAUGGAGCUAAGAAUCGAGACACAGAAACAGACCCUCAAUGCCCGAGAUGAAUCAAUCAAAAAGCUCCUGGAGAUGUUGCAAAGUAAAGGUUUACCAUCCAAAAGCCUUGAGGAUGACAAUGAGCGGACGCGCCGGAUGGCAGAGGCUGAAUCUCAGGUCAGCCACUUGGAAGUAAUUUUAGACCAGAAAGAGAAGGAAAACAUUCAUCUGAGAGAGGAAUUACACCGAAGAAGCCAACUUCAGCCGGAGCCAGCCAAGACGAAGGCUCUCCAGACUGUCAUUGAAAUGAAGGACACAAAAAUCGCUUCAUUAGAGCGAAACAUAAGGGAUCUUGAGGAUGAGAUCCAGAUGUUAAAAGCCAAUGGUGUGCUGAACACUGAGGACCGUGAAGAAGAGAUCAAACAAAUAGAGGUUUACAAAAGUCACUCCAAGUUUAUGAAGACCAAGAUUGAUCAACUGAAGCAGGAACUUUCAAAGAAGGAGUCAGAACUUCUUGCCUUACAAACAAAGCUUGAAACCCUUAGCAAUCAAAAUUCAGAUUGCAAGCAACACAUUGAAGUGCUUAAAGAGUCGCUUACUGCCAAAGAACAAAGGGCUGCCAUUCUUCAGACUGAGGUAGAUGCACUGAGAUUACGACUGGAAGAAAAAGAAUCUUUUCUCAAUAAAAAAACAAAACAAUUGCAGGACCUCACAGAAGAGAAGGGAACACUGGCUGGAGAGAUUCGUGACAUGAAAGAUAUGUUAGAAGUGAAGGAAAGAAAAAUUAAUGUUCUUCAGAAAAAGAUUGAAAACUUGCAAGAACAACUUAGGGAUAAAGACAAGCAACUGACCAAUCUGAAAGACAGAGUGAAGUCCUUGCAGACAGAUUCCAGUAACACAGAUACUGCGCUGGCGACACUAGAGGAAGCUCUGUCAGAGAAGGAGAGAAUAAUUGAGCGUUUGAAAGAACAGCGGGAGAGAGAUGAUCGGGAAAGACUAGAAGAGAUAGAAUCUUUCCGCAAAGAGAACAAGGACCUGAAAGAAAAGGUCAAUGCUUUACAAGCUGAACUCACAGAAAAAGAGUCUAGUUUAAUUGACCUCAAAGAACAUGCAUCUUCAUUAGCUUCUGCAGGACUGAAAAGGGACUCCAAAUUAAAAUCUCUAGAAAUAGCCAUUGAACAAAAGAAAGAAGAAUGUAGCAAACUGGAAGCCCAGUUAAAAAAGCAAGCUGAGCAGUUGUUCAAUCAGAUGUACAACCCAGCACAUAAUAUUGAAGAUGACUCCAGGAUGAACCCUGAGUUUGCAGACCGACUAAAACAGCUUGAUAAAGAGGCAUCUUACUACCGUGAUGAAUGUGGCAAGGCCCAAGCCGAAGUGGACCGGUUGCUGGAGAUCCUCAAAGAGGUGGAAAAUGAAAAGAAUGACAAGGACAAGAAGAUCGCAGAACUUGAGAGGCAUAUGAAGGAUCAGAAUAAGAAGGUAGCCAAUCUCAAACACAAUCAACAGCUGGAAAAGAAGAAGAAUGCCCAGUUAUUGGAAGAAGUUCGCAGGCGAGAAGAUAGCAUGGCUGACAACUCACAGCAUUUGCAGAUAGAGGAACUGAUGAAUGCCUUGGAGAAAACCAGGCAAGAACUGGAUGCCACCAAAGCUCGCCUUGCCUCUACACAGCAGUCCCUGGCUGAGAAAGAAGCACACUUGGCCAACCUGCGGAUAGAGAGGAGGAAACAGCUGGAGGAGAUCCUGGAGAUGAAACAGGAAGCACUACUUGCAGCAAUCAGUGAAAAAGAUGCAAAUAUUGCCUUGCUGGAAUUGUCUGCCUCCAAAAAGAAAAAGACGCAAGAGGAAGUCAUGGCUCUCAAGAGGGAGAAAGACCGAUUAGUGCAUCAGUUAAAGCAGCAGGUGGGGCGUCCUGCACCAAAGGUUUAUAGACCUAAGAAACAUCCCCUGAGCUCGAAUAUACCAUGCCCUUGUGAUGCUGGCUACAGCCCAGAUAUUACGGCCAAGUACCACGGGUCCAGCUACGAUGCAUACGUGAGCCAAAGGUCUCAGACCCAGAACAGAAUGAAGCUGAUGGCAGACAACUAUGAUGAAGACCAUCACCAUUACCACCACCACCACCACCACCACCACCAUCGAUCUCCUGGGAGGUCGCAACAUUCCAAUCACAGGCCCUCUCCGGACCAGCUAUCAGAAGGGCUGAACCCAGGGGAAGUGCAGCUCUGCGGCAAUAUUCUGACACUCCUUUGCAGUGGGCUCAUGUCACUGUCCUCCACCACCACCGGGAGCGGCUCAGCAGAACCAAAGGGGAGUUUUCACUUUCAUUCUCCAGUGAAAUUUUGUUCGACUUGGUAUUUCCUUCAUCCUCUCAUGUCGUUUCUCAUGGAUUUGGAUUGGAAAGGAAGAAAACACAGGUGGAGAAAAAAGACACAUCCUCUAUUUUAUGUUGGGAUUUGGGCAUUGAACAUGGGACCAUCUCUUCUGAAUGCUUUAUUUGAUAGCGUUUUAUUUCUGUUACUUACCUUCAUUGGAUAUGUUGGAACUCCAUGGGAUUUUAAGUAUGGAUUCAGCCUCUGUUGGACCUCUAGCUUCAUCUCCAGUUAUCCUGCUGGUUCCGUCUCAGUGGUCAUUCCUGAUGCAUUAGAUUACCAAACAGUGUACAUUUGUCACGCGCGAGUGAGUGGUGUUGGCGGUGUUUGUCAACCACGGUGCAUGGAGCAUUUGACAAAGAAACCAAAACACCAAAAAGGGCGAGCCUUUACCCUCCUCUGUUUCUUUAAUCCGCUGUUCGAAGAACCGUGUUUUUGAUGGUACAAACUAGUAGUUACCUCUGGGCCAGGUUGGAAAUGAUAUCAAUUUUUUAAACCACUAAUACUUGCCAAGAAAUCGCCUUAUGAGAAUAUGGUGUGUGUCUCUGACAAUGCAUGGCACAUCUAAAUUGUUCAUUCAUAAUUUUCUUUCCCUGCUUAGGUAUUGGAAGUGGCAACAGCCUGAGGCGCCUGCAUAUCAACUCCUUGUGUUCCCUGCACCCCAGGGCUGGGAUUGAUCCAGCCUCAGGCUGUUACCAUUCCCAUACUCCCAGGUCUCCAUGAAGAAGCUGGGACGCCUUCACACUUCAAGAUCCCAAAGCUGUGCAAACAGUGUAAGCUUAGAUCUUCUAGACAGGAAGGGUCAUUUCUCAUUUUUUUUUAAAUGUCUGCAACAUGGAUUCCAAAGCAUUUUCAGCAUCAAACACGAAAACAUUGAUGAAUGAGGAAUAAUCCCCAAAGCUGUGUAUCUGUAUAUAGCCUGACACAACACGUAUGUGGAUACAGAGUCAUUAUUUAAAGCACAUGCCAGGGAAAGAGACCCAAUUUCAAGGUCUUUUACAUAUAGUGACAUGGUACUAAGGAGAAUUCAACUCCUAUUGCUUCCUCUGAAGAUGAAAAAAAAAAUUAAAGUUGUAGUAACUUCGUAAAACUCACGACUGAGUCUGGCAAAACACCUGCAACUCUUGUAUUGAUCCAUUUUCUUGUCGAUGGAAGAAACCCUUCCACGUGGAUGCAAGUGGGAGAUGAAAACCUGCAUUUUUAAAGGACAAACAGUGAAUUUAAGCAUGAGUGGCCUUAAUAAAUAUAGUUGUCUUUUUUUGCUGCUGUGGAAAGGAUUCUAAACAGAUGUUCCUGAAGUCCUGCAUUGAAUUUAGUCAUUAUUACUUUUUAAAAUGUUGGUGCAAUUAACUCUGGACCUCUCUCGUGAGCCAUAGAGAUAUUAAAAGACAAACUUCUUAUUUGUUGGGGAAGAUAAAACCGUCUCUAAGCUGCACCCUUCCCUCUCGGUGCAUUAGGAGUCAUAUAUUCAAGCUGGUUUCUUGCUUCUGGCUUUGUUCUUGUCGUCAGGAUAGCAAACUAUGUAAAAGCUUUCGUGUUGCAUAAACAAUCCAAAUACAUUCAUGUUUAAAAAGUUUGUCCUUUAACUAUUCAAGGGAUCUAGGUCUCAGUUGGAGGAGUGAGCAGAGUUCUUUGCAAGCUUCUUUAGUACAUUUUGACACAAUGUCACACUGAAACCACAGGCCACAGACACAUCCCCAUGAACAGUUUGUCCUCACUGCCUCCUGUAACCAGGUCCUGGCCUGAACUCUGCAACUGAAUACUUGAAGUAGGAAGUACGAAAUCCAGUAGGGAAAGUAGGGUCCUUAAAAUAGGAAAAAAAAAUUUUUUUAAAUACAAAUAAAUACACCUGACCAUAAUAGUUAGCUAUUUCUAUGUCCGUGCCAAUUUUGUCACAGAUAUUGUUUGGGGGAUCAUUUUGACCCUACUUUUGUUGGUUGAAAGUAUGAUUGACCUUACCUAUAUGCAAGCAUCUAAUUUAGUCUCUUAAAAUUAAAUUCUAUCUACAGUAUCUUUUUCUCAUUUCAUGUCAUAUUCUCUAAUGUUUGGGGGUUGCACACACACACAAAAAUACCUUUCACACAUUGAAAAUAGCCUCUGGGUUUACAACAAACACUGUGAAGUUGGGAAGCUAUUUCCUUUGCACAAACUUUAGCAAGUUCCCUUCUAAUCAUAAUGCAGUUGGAAAAAAAAAAGUUUGGGCUAACAUUUAGGAAAAGUUGGUCUAAGUCUUUCUGUGGGCAGACGCAGGCUUGUGAUUUCUACCCCAUUUGAUUUCUAUGUACAGUCUCAAUUUUGUAUUUAAUGAUUUUUGUGUAUCCAGUGUGCACGUUUAACAGCGUGUCAACUUCCAUUUGAGAGUGGGUUUUACUUUUUAAACAGUGUUUCUGAUGAGACCUCAAACGUGUUGACAUCAGCUCUCUCUGCGACGUUUUUUUUUUUUGUUUGUUUUGUUUUUUUUUUGUGUGUAGAGUGGCGUUUGAAUGCUGCCAGGGGUCAGUGUAUCUACUUCCCUGAGACCCUCGUUUGAUAGUGCUUCUUGUAAUAUUUCUUCAAGUGAGUGGCAUGUGGGUUGUGAUAUUGACCAUGUGAUUAUGGACAUCGAUAUGAAAAAAAAUAAAAAUAAGGAACCCUGGAAACUACCAGUGGGCAUGUAUUAGCCAGUCAUUGUAACCUUGUGUCUAGUAGAAGUACAAUGUACAAGGUAUGUACAGUUCCAUAAAUUUGUUAUCAUGUGUAUGAGAAGUACUUUGUGCUGAUCGCCUUAUUUAUAUUCAUCAAAUAAACCUUGUUUUCUUUCUGAAA